AUGGUAAAACGGAUUUGUUUUCUUUCUGUAUGUUGACGUUGACAUCUACACGAUGAAAUUAAAAAUUGCUGGACUACUAGUUUGUCCGUGAUGCUGUAUAUAAAACAUUCAUAGGUUAUUUAGUUGUUUUCGACUUGGCAAAUAAUACAAGUUGUAGAGAGCUUCACUUAUAACUGUGUAUGUGUGUGUGUAUUAUUACGAGUGAAGAUGAUGACCUCUGUCAUAUCCGACCAGUUUCGAAUGUUACUCCAUCGUAAAUUUAAAUCAACUACAAAAUUAUUAAGUGUAAAAAAAUUAAAAGUUUGUAAUGCUCCAUUAUAUUCUGAAGUUGCCUAUGUCACACCAAAAGGACCAGGCUCCCUCCAGAAAGGUAAAGAGGAAUAUGUAGGCCUGCAACAGAAGUUAUGGCACAGUAGAAGAUGCUUUUCCACCAGCCACCCAGUAUGGGGGUUGUUUGGGGGGAAAGAUGGUGACCAGAAGCAGCAGACAUUGGAGGAUGUUGCCAGGCUGAUAAAACACAAUGAGUACAGGAGGAUUGUAGUAAUGGCUGGGGCUGGAAUAAGCACACCCAGUGGAAUCCCUGACUUCAGGUCACCUGGAAGUGGUUUAUAUGAUAAUCUCCAGCAGUAUGAUAUCCCCUAUCCUGAAGCCAUAUUUGAGAUUAACUAUUUCCACCAUAACCCAAAGCCAUUUUUCGCCCUGGCUAAAGAGCUUUACCCUGGCAAUUACAAACCCAAUUACGCCCACUACUUCAUUCGACUCCUGCACGACAAGGGGCUGCUGCACCGCAUCUACACUCAGAACAUUGAUGGACUGGAGAGAUUGGCAGGUAUUCCUUCCUCUAAACUUGUGGAGGCCCAUGGAACAUUUGCUACAGCGACCUGCACUGUGUGCCGAACAUCAUACCCCGGAGAAGACUUAAGAGCUGAUAUUCUUGAGAGUAAAGUCCCCAAAUGUCUCACCUGUAAAGGUGUCAUCAAACCAGACGUUGUGUUCUUUGGAGAGGAGCUCCCACAGUGCUUCUUCCUGUAUCUAACAGAUUUCCCUGUGGCUGACCUGCUUGUCGUCAUGGGAACCUCCCUGGAGGUUGAACCCUUUGCCAGCUUGGCAGGCGCUGUGCGGGACUCCGUGUCCCGGGUUCUCAUCAAUCGAGACCUGGUGGGACCCUUUGUCUAUCGAGCCCCCAGACACAACGAUGUGUUGGAGCUAGGCGACGUGGUGAGUGGAGUGGAGAGGUUUGUUGAGAAACUGGGCUGGAAAGAGGAGCUGAACAAACUCAUUGCAGUGGAAACUGGAAAGCUGGAGAGUAAUAAGAAGGAAGAAUGAACACCUUUUCUGCAUAGCGAAUAUUUGGUAUAUGUGAAAUGUUUGGAUUUUUACGUCAUAAGAAAAUAUCCCAAACUCACCUGGAUUAACACUAAAGUAAACCAGGAGGUACCAACUAAAUACAUACAUCAAAAACCUGUGUGGCAACUGUUCAGAGCCACGGUUUGAUAAACUGUCAGAUUACAUUGUUUAUUUAAGAAUUAAAAAUACAUUAUUUUAAUAAAAAUAAAUAAGUAAAUAUAUGCAUAAAUAAAUAAAUACUUUGAAUGAUUAUUAUUAAAGCAAGACAGUUACAUGAUUGACAAUGGUCCUUUCCAAUUUCAAGAGCCAAGUCUUAUCUGUGUUGUUGUUUUUAAAAUGUGUUUAGGAUAACAGAUCAGGCUUGUCUGUAAAGCCUGGUUUUAACGCAUGAUGUUUUUGCAAGUUUAGUUAGAUUUGGGCUCAAACAUUUUGCCCUACAACUUAAACAUACACAUUGUGAUGAAUGUUUGAAAGUUAAGUACAAUUAUAACAUGCAGAAAUCAGUGAAAUUUCAAACUAUACUUUGGGAACUAAAAACAAUAGGGAAUCAUUUUUAAGCUGAAAACCCAAGGUGUCUCAGAAGUCUAAGAAUGAUGAUGUUUUCCAAGCCUUUUGUAAAUAAAUGUUACUUCAUAGAGUUGCUUGAAUCUUUUAAAAGUAGACCAGGCUAUUGUACCUUCUUGCGCUUACUCCUUAAAAUAGAGGAGGCUUGCUAUUUAAAUAAGAUACAACCAAUGAUAUCCUUAAAUGAUGGUGCCUUAAUUAAUGUCACUUUCCAACACCACCUAGACUUGUAACAAUGUGAAUCACAGCUGUUACUGUAUAACCAGGUUAAUCAGACCCCAACUGGCAGA